UUUGCUCGGCUGUUAGAGACACGGCUGUGAGCCAGAGUGGGAGAUGGACUGAGUGAGGGCGCUCUUUCGACCAGUGCAGCCGAUUUAGCAUUGCAAUACCCAGAAGCUAGGCUGAAAAAUAACUGGCGAUUUCAGGUCGCUGAAUCAACACGAAAACAUAGUGCAGUUAUCAGUCUUUCACAUCCCACUCCAAUCACACUAACACGGCAUUGAUGGUAAUGUAUGCAAGGAAACAACCGAGACUCGGCGAUGGGUGCGACCGAAGAGAUUCUCAGCCCUAUCAGACUCUCAAAUACUCAUCCAAGAGCCAUCCAGGAGGGGACCACCGGCAUGACAAGAUGCGAGACUCUUCAGACGUCACCCCUCCCUGCAAGAUGCUCAGGAGGUCUGACAGCCCUGAAAACAAGCACAUCGACAGCACGGGACACAGUAGAGCAAAGGGUGUCCACACGCACCGGGCCAGAGACAGGGAUGGAGGGACCAGUUAUUCUCCACAGGAAAAUUCUCACAAUCACAGUUCCCUUCAUAGCUCCAACUCACAUUCUAACCCCAGCAAGACCUCAGACACACCUUAUGAACCUGGUGAUGACUGGUCAGAGCACAUCAGUUCCUCUGGAAAGAAAUACUAUUACAACUGCAGGACAGAAGUGUCCCAGUGGGAGAAGCCCAAAGAAUGGCUGGAGAGAGAACAGAGGCAAAAAGAGGCAACAAAGACUGCUGUUGUCAACAGUUUCCCAAAGGACAGGGACUACAGAAGGGAGGCUAUGCAAGCAUCGGCAGCCCCUGGCUUUACUGGACCUAAGUCGGCCCAGGUGGAAAAGCCUGCAGCAGCACUUGCCACCCAGUCUCAGUCGUCAUCUGGCUCUGGGAGCUUGAAUCCAUCAUCAGGCCCACCUGGAUCAUCGGCGUCUACUGUACCCGUGUCUCCAGUCCUUCAAUCCCCAGCUCCUCCGCUCCUCCAGGACCCCACCCUGCUUCGACAGCUUCUCCCAGCACUUCAGACUGCCCUGCAGCUCAACAACGCCAGUGUGGACAUGGCAAAAAUCAACGAAGUUCUCACAGCUGCCGUCACACAAGCUUCAUUACAGUCUAUGCUUCAUAAGAUCCUCACUGCUGGACCGUCAGCUUUCAAUAUCACUACUAUCCUCUCUCAAGCUGCUCAACUAUCCAACCAAGCAGCUCAGCAGUCGAACCAGUCACCAAUGUCAUUAACAUCAGACGCCUCAUCGCCAAGGUCCUAUGUGUCUCCGAGGAUCAGCACACCACAGACCAACGCUGGUCCUCUAAAGCCCCUCCUCAGCACACAGCCUGUCAUCACACAGCCAAAAGUAAGCACGCCAUCAGCAAAGCAGGCAUCUCACCCCCAGCCCACAUCCCAGCAGCCCCUCUCCAGCGAUAAGCAGCACAGUUAUGAUGCGACCACAUCUUCCCCACGCACCCUCCAGCGCCAAGGCAGUCAGAGGAGUCCCUCCCCAGGUCCCAACCACGUCGCCUCCAGCAGCAGCAACGCCUCCAACUCGGCCUCCGCUCCGCCUGCCCCCUCAGCGGCCCGACCCUCCUGCUCCUUCACCCCCACCUUGGCUGCCCACUUCAACGAGAACCUUAUCAAACACGUGCAGGGAUGGCCCGCUGAACACGCGGAGAAGCAGGCAUCAAGACUACGUGAAGAAGCUCACACCAUGGGCAGCAUCUGCAUGUCCGAGAACUGCACCGAGCUCAAAAACCUGCGGUCUUUGGUCAGAGUCUGUGAAAUACAAGCAACAUUGCGUGAGCAGAGGAUACUGUUUCUGAGACAGCAAAUCAAAGAACUUGAAAAGCUGAAGAAUCAGAAUUCUUUUAUGGUCUGAGAACUUCUGAUUUGCAAGUCGGAGCAGGUGUCGGAGAAGAGUGGGGACGGGUGGGGGUGGGGAGACCCAUUGCACAUAGUCGGAAGCUGGAGGGAGAACGGGUUGUUCAAUUUCAAUUCCUCUUGAGCCCAGUCUAAACACACAGACACACACACAGACACACACACACAGGAGCUGUAGUCAGGUUUGCUUUGGACCGUUGGGCUGGGAAUCCAAGAGGGAGAAAUGAAGAGCUGUUGUGGGAGGAUGAGGGGAAGGGGGGAGGGCAAUUUACAAGACUUUGUUUUGUAAAAACCCGUGGCUGGCGGGUGGACGGGGAGGGGGUGUAGAUUUCUUGUAGAUGUUAUUAUCUAUGUUGUAAAUAUGUUUUGUAGAUUGAAGCCAUGGAAAGCCAUGCCUAUCAAAGCUUUUGACAUCCAGACUAAUCAACGCCUAGGCGGCUACAUUCAUUAGCUAGCCUUUUCCUUCAUGUUAACUCGUCUGCAGACUUUACAGCUUCAUUUUGUCAGUUCAUAGAUCGCUGAACCACUGAGCAUGUGUGACCUGCGUGGAAACAGAGGAGGAUGUUUGAAGGCAUUUAUUUACACAGAAGCCUAGCAUAAAGCAUAACACACUGUCGUCGAUGUAGUUUGGGGUUUAUUUUAAUUUUUAAUUUUUUUUUUUCUUCAGAUCUACUCUGUCUAGAUUCUCUUCCUUCCACCCUCUCGUGGUGAACUGUAACAUGUACUUAGGCGUGGCAGACAUCCCCUCUGUGUGGGUCUGUGCUUCCAGUGGUUCACUGAUUUGUUUUGCAGCUUUCUGGUGGCCCUGCAUUUCCCAGUCUGAAAAUAAACAGUGCCUGAUGGUGUGAUGAGUGAGUGAUGGGGGAAAAAAAAAAGACAUGAUGGCGUGCUGCUUUGGACCAUUCCCGCUCCACUCCCCUGGCCUCUGCCCUGCCUCACCUCCUCCUGAGACAUCACACCCCUCCUUUUUUUUCUCCCGCACCCUCCCACUGUUUCUGUUCCUGUUUUUUACAUUCAGGGUGUCAUCACUGGUUCAUUCCUUUGUACAGUUGCUAAUAGCAGUGCAGUUUUAAGUAAACAUAAGAAAGGGGUUUAUUUAUAAAGAGUUGUUGUGAUGAGAGCUAAAUCAUGACAAUAUCCACACUUGUUUUGUUUUUUUGUUUGGGUUUUUUCUCUCUUCCCAAAAGCACCCAAGGUUAGGACAUGUAUCACAACUGCGAGCGGGUCAGAGGCAGGCGGGUGGGUGUGUAUGUGGAGCACCUCUUGAGUUAGUGCAGGGUAACAAGAGGUCAAAUGUGAAAUGUAUGUAUUGUAAUAAACAUGUUAAACUAAAGCGAGCACUGGUUAUUUCCUUGGAGUGUUAGGUUUGGUUCAUUUGCUAGUGCCUUGUUUGAAAGUCUUAAGCCUCAUUCACCUGUUGAACCCACUUUCUGUUUUUUAAUCCCAACAAGAUUAUCUUCAACAAGCAUGUGACACACACUCGAUUUUCUGGCACGUCCCCGUCCUCCCCUGCUCUGCUCUCCUCUCGUUUGUUUGCUUCCCACUGUUGAAGAGCAGGGUCCUCAGUUGCAAAGGCCUGUUUAUUUCUCCCACCAUAACUAUCUAUUGAUAAGUGAACUGCACCACACAUUCAGUAAAAGGUGACCACAUCAUUGCUUUGUAUAUUGUUUCCUGAAGUAUAUUGACAAAUGAAAUAAAAUAUGCCUUUCCAGG